ACUUACUAUCUUACAACCUUAAACCCCCAUUACACAAUGGCUUCUUUGUGGCUUAAUCCUAUUCCUUUCCGAGCUUUAUUAAUCUUCUCACUUUUGCACCUAUCUUGUUUGUUCAACAAUGUAGCUGCAAAGCAUGGCUCCUCUACCCAUCAUCACCACCAUUCUCGCACGUCAAACCGGAGGCUGCAACAAGCUUUUAUAGCUCUUCAAGCGUGGAAACGGGUGAUUUUCUCCGAUCCCCGCAACUCCACUUCCAACUGGGUUGGUCCUGAUGUAUGCAAAUAUACUGGUCUUUAUUGUACAGCUGCUCUUGAUGACCCCAAAAUCAGAGUUGUUGCUGGAAUAGACCUCAAUCAUGCUGAUAUAGCAGGUUUUCUCCCUGAUGAAUUAGGCCUAUUAACUGAUUUAGCACUCAUCCAUUUAAACAGCAAUCGCUUCUGUGGUAUUAUCCCACAAACUAUAUCCAAUCUCUCUCUUCUUUAUGAACUUGAUCUUAGCAACAACAGAUUCGUUGGUCCAUUUCCUUCUGCCGUGCUCUCUCUUCCCAAGCUUACAUACCUCGACCUCCGCUACAAUGAGUUCGAAGGGCCAUUGCCUCCUCAACUUUUCCAGAAAAAACUAGAUGCAAUAUUUGUCAACAACAACCGCUUUACUAAUGUGAUUCCAGCUUUUCUAAAUGGCAGUACAGCAACUGUCGUGGUAAUAGCUAAUAACAACUUUGGAGGCUGCCUGCCACCGAGCAUAUCGAAUUUUGCAGAAAGUUUAGAGGAGUUGCUGCUAAUCAAUACCAAUUUGACAGGGUGUUUGCCUCCAGAAAUUGGAUAUCUCUACAAAUUGAGGGUAUUGGAUGUUAGUCAUAACAAAAUUGUUGGUCCUAUACCUUACAGCCUUGCAGGAUUAGCUCACUUGGAGUUGUUAAAUAUAGCACAUAAUAUGAUGAGUGGACUUGUGCCUGAUGGAGUUUGUGUAUUACCAAGUCUGUCUAAUUUUACCUUUUCUUACAACUUCUUCUGUGAGGAAGAGGGUAUUUGCAUGAACCUGACAUCUAGAGGCGUCGCCUUUGAUGAUCGUCGCAACUGUUUGCCGGAGAAGCCACUGCAAAGGAGCAAGGAAGUAUGCAAUCCAGUGCUUGAGCAUCCUGUGGACUGCCACGAGCAACGGUGUGCUGUUGGUGGUGGAGGUGGUAGAUUUUUUGGUGCAGCAGCUCCUUUUGGUCCUGCAAUAGUACCUGCAGCAACUCCUAUGUUUGCUCCUUCCAUUGCUCCAAGCUCUACGUAAAUAACUUUGCAAUAUAGUUAUAAAUUCAAAAUAAGUUUCAAUCUUCAGUUUGCAAGUGGUCUUGUAAAUAAGCUGCUGAUGCUUUUUUUGUUUUUUUGUUUUCUUUUUUCCGAUGUAUAUACUGCUUGAAGAUACUGUGUGUUUCACAA